AUGCACAAAGCAGACGUCGAAGCUGCCUGCUGCAGGUCUCUGGCUGCCCACUUCCUCUCAACCUCCGCCCAACCCCAAGAAGUCCAGUCAACACCAGAAGAGAUCACGCCUAGAGUUAAAAUGUGCAGUGUUGCCAAAGGGAGGAGAAAUGUCACAAAGUAUUACAAAAAAGGAUUAAAUGUGUCAGCUGUCCAAACACUAGUUAGACCACAUGCUUUGUACAGCGGCGAUGCAGCCGGCCCACUUCUGCACAUGGAGGCCUCUCCUCUCGGCACACACGCGCGCAGGAAAGCCGAGGACAACGCUGAGGUCCGAGUGCACACAGUGGAGGAUUAUCAGGCAAUUGUUGAUGCUGAGUGGAACAUUCUCUAUGACAAGCUGGAGAAGAUCCAUCGUUCUGGAGCCAAAGUCGGCUUGUCCAAACUCCCUAUCCGGGAUGUGGCCACCCAGUACUUUGCUGACCCGGACAUGUUCUGUGCUGGCCAAGUGCCCGAAGAGGAUCUGAAGAGAACAAUGAUGGCCUGCGGAGGCUCCAUCCAGACCAGUGUGAACGCUCUGUCCGCAGAAGUGCUGGGCAGCUGCCAGGGCUUCGAGGAGACCCAGAUUGGAAGCGAGAGGUACAAUUUCUUCACUGGCUGCCCGAAGGCCAAGACCUGCACGAUCAUCCUCCGCGGUGGUGCUGUGCAGUUUAUGGAGGAGACAGAGCGGUCCUUGCAUGACGCCAUCAUGAUUGUCAGGCGCGCCAUCAAGAACGAUUCUGGGGUGGCUGGUGGUGGGGCCAUUGAGAUGGAGCUCUCCAAGUACCUUCGGGAUUACUCCAGGACCAUCCCCGGGAAGCAGCAGCUGCUGAUCCGGGCCUAUGCCAAGGCCUUGGAGAUCAUCCCACGCCAGCUGUGCGACAACACGGGCUUCGAUGCCACAAACAUCCUCAACAAGCUACGGCGGCAUGCCCAGGAAGGCAUGUGGUACGGGGUGGACAUCAACAACGAGGACAUUGCUGACAACUUCGAGGCCUUCGUGUGGGAGCCAGCGAUGGUGCGCGUCAAUGCCCUGACGGCAGCCUCAGAGGCCGCGUGCCUCAUCGUGUCUGUAGAUGAAACCAUCAAGAACCCUCGCUCCACUGUGGACGCUCCACCACCUGGGGUCCGAGGCCGGGCCGGGGCUGGGGCCGCCCCCAUUGAGAGACAGCCCGCUCGGCACGCGAUUGCUGACAGCUGGCUGGAGGGUAGUGAUUGGCCCACUGUGUGCUCAUUGGGAGUUAUUUAAAUAAAUUUAAGGUCUAGUGUUAAAAAAAAA